UUAAACUCGGGUCCCCACCCCUAGCCGCCCCUUCUUCUCGCUUCCACUCCCCCUCCCCUCGAUCGUGGGCUUCCUUCUCGCGUCCCCAGGCUCGGGGAGGGGGCGGAGGCCCGGCGCGCCGAGCGGCCCCCGGGCGGGUGGGCGCAGCGCACCUGUUGUUUGCAGGAGCCCGCGACCCUUCGUCCCGCCCUCGGCGGGCGGCGACGGCAGCGGCCGCCGCGGAGCCGACCCGGCAGGUGGCCGAGCGCGGGGGCCGCACCACCGCGGCGCGGGGACGCGAUGGCGGCGGCCGAGCCCGCGGGCUCCGGGCAGCCGGCGCCGCAGGGCCAGGGGCAGGGCCAGCGGCCGCAGCCGCAGCAGUCCCAGGCGCAGCCCCCGCCGCCGCCGCCGCCGCCUCUCGGGGGCGGCGGGGGCGGCAGCAGCAGGCACGAGAAGAGCCUGGGACUGCUCACCACCAAGUUCGUGUCGCUGCUUCAGGAGGCCAAGGACGGCGUCCUGGAUCUCAAAGCGGCUGCAGAUACUUUGGCAGUGAGGCAAAAGAGAAGAAUUUAUGAUAUCACCAAUGUCUUGGAAGGAAUUGACCUAAUUGAAAAAAAGUCAAAAAAUAGUAUACAAUGGAAAGGUGUAGGUGCUGGCUGUAAUACUAAAGAAGUCAUAGAUAGAUUAAGAUAUCUUAAAGCCGAAAUUGAAGAUCUAGAACUGAAGGAAAGAGAACUUGAUCAGCAGAAGUUGUGGCUACAGCAAAGCAUCAAAAAUGUGAUGGACGACUCCAUUAAUAAUAGAUUUUCCUAUGUAACUCAUGAAGACAUCUGUAAUUGCUUUAAUGGUGAUACACUUUUGGCCAUUCAAGCACCUUCUGGUACACAGCUGGAGGUACCUAUUCCAGAAAUGUUUUCAGAUUCAAAUUUCCUGAAACAAACUGAUUUGAAAACUAUAACAAUCAAAAAAGAGGGUCAGAAUGGACAAAAGAAAUACCAGAUCAAUCUAAAGAGUCAUUCCGGACCUAUCCACGUGCUGCUUAUAAAUAAAGAGUCCAGCUCCUCUAAGCCCGUGGUUUUUCCUGUUCCCCCACCUGAUGACCUCACACAGCCUUCCUCUCAGCCCUCGACUCCAGUGCCUCCACAGAAAUCCAACAUGGCAACUCAGAACUUGCCUGAGCAACAUGUCUCCGAAAGAAGCCAGAAUCUUCAGCAGACUCCAGCCACAGACUUAUCUUCAGCGGGAUCUAUUAGUGGAGAUAUCAUUGAUGAGUUAAUGUCUUCUGAUGUGUUUCCGCUUUUACGGCUUUCUCCGACCCCGGCAGAUGACUACAACUUUAAUUUAGAUGAUAAUGAAGGAGUUUGUGAUCUGUUUGAUGUCCAGAUACUAAAUUAUUAGAUUCCAUGGAAACCUGGGACUGUUAUCUACCUCUAACUGUGUAACAUUUUAGACGUCUUAACCUAAGUAUUUAAAAUAAUGAAUGUAACAUCUUUUUAGUUCACUGAUUCUGAAAUGUUCUUCCCUAAUACUUUCUUUUUUACUUCACAAAACUUCAACCAUAAGAACAAAGGAUUCUGAUUGCUUCAGGGGAAAAAGUGAUUUCAUAUCUACCAACUCCCUACCCUCAAGUAAUUACAUUCUGGAAUUUCAACUUUUCCUCCCAUUCUGAACUUUCUGUUUUUUUCCUUAUAUGAGAGGAAAGUUAAAGUAGACUUAAGGUCAUCAAAAACAAAAAAGUUGGCCAAGGGCUCAUCAUUUGUUUGUCUUACAUUUUUACUGCCACGAGACUGUCCGUAUUUCUGUGUAUCCUCUGAUCCAGACAUUCACUGCCACUUAUAAAGUGAAGGGUGUAAACUAGGAUAUAUUAACUGUUUCAGUGAACAGAUUUUGUGAAGUGCCUUCUGUUUUAGCACUUUAAGUUUAUCACAUUUUGUUGACUUCUGACAUUCCACUUUCCUAGGUUAUAGGAAAGAUCUGUUUAUGUAGUUUGUUUUUAAAAUGUGCCAAUGCCUGUACAUUAACAAGAUUUUUAAAAAUAAAAUUGUAUAAAACAUUUAA